AUGGCGGCGGUGACCGCAGCAAACGGGAAAAGCAACGGCGGAGCGAAAUCAGCAGACUUCACGGCGGUGGAAAUUGGGGAGGCGUUGAGCCCAACUGCCAGCUUGUUCCACUCCCCCAAGCUCAACUGCUGCAUAAUUGCAGUGUUGGGCAGCAAGACCGCCAUCGAUCCCGCCGUCGUCAAGUCCGGUCUCGAACGCACUUUGAUCAGACACCCUCGUUUCUCCAGCAGAUUGGUAGUCGACGAUCAUGGAUGCAGAGGAAGGAAACUGAGAUGGGAGAAGACCAUGGUGGAACUCGACGAUCACAUCAUAAUCCCGAAUUUAGACGACGACGAUGGCGACGGCGAGAUCUUCACAACCUCCCCUGACUCCGCCGUCGAAGACUACAUUUCCCGCCUCUCCACGUUCCCGAUGGACGUCACCAAGCCGCUCUGGGAGCUCCACAUCCUCAACGUGAAGACGCGCGACGCGGAGUCGCUGUUCGUCUUCAAGAUCCACCACUCCAUCGGCGAUGGCGCCUCGUUGAUCUCUCUGCUCCUCGCCUGUGCGAGGAAAUCCUCUGACCCUAAUGCUCUGCCUUCAGUUCCGGUGAAGAACCGGCGGGCGAGGAGGCAGGGCGUGGUGUCGGCUAGUGGUUUCUGUUGUGUUGUUCUUGAGAGAUACGAGGACUCCGAUCAAAGGUCCGGCGACAGGGGAGGGGCGGAAUGGGAAGCGGUUUGUGCAUCGGACGGUGAGAACCAAAAGAAUGAAGAGAAACAGAGUAAUCAGAUUCAAAAGAGCUAUCUCCCAAGCACAAUCCGACUUAGGGCAUGCAUUAUGGUCAACAUGAGACCAACGACAGGAAUCCAGGAUAUGGCAAAGUUGAUGGCCAAAGGACCAAAGGCGAAAUGGGGAUGGGGGAAUUGGAUUGGUAACAUGAUGAUUCCUCUCACCAUUGCUCUGCGAGACGAUCCAUUGGACUACCUUUGGAGUGCCAAGGCCACAAUGGAUCGAAAGAAGCACUCCUUGGAGCCAAUUUUAGAGUUCAUAGGAGCUAGAAUCCUUCCCAUGGUAUUUGGAGUCAAGGCAACUGUUGGAAUCUUCCACAAGAUAUUGUCCAACACCACAUUGGCCUUCUCUAAUGUGGUGGGUCCAGUAGAGGAAAUCAGUCUUUACGGGCAUCCGAUAGCUUACAUUGCUCCGAGCGUUUAUGGACACCCUCAUGCAUUGACGAUUCACUUCCAGAGCUACUGCAACAUGAUGACCAUUUCAGUUGCAGUUGAUCCAGAAGUGAUUCCUGAUCCGCAUGUGCUCUUCGAUGAGCUUGAACAAUCCCUCAUAAUCAUGAAGGGAGAUGUUACACUGAAAUUCCCAAAGAAAGGACCAAAUGUAGCCCUUCUCUGCCGUCGCACGGUCGCCGCCGCAAACUCGUGGGGGAAGAAGGGAUUCGACGCCGGGCUCCUCCUCUGUCGUCGCACAGCCGCCGGCACGAACCCUAGUAGGCAGAAGGGAUUCGACGCUGCCCACCUCCUUUGCCGCCGCCCACCUCUUCGUCUCCCUCCAUCUUCAAUCCAACGGCGGACACCACAAUCGACCAGCGUUGUACGAAUGACCGACGAGAAGACCCAAUCCUCUAAUCCGCUCUACAGAGGCAAUCCUCCCAUGGGUGAACGCACAAGAACUCGCGAGCACAGCUUCCAUUCCGCUAACCCUUGCUCUGCUCCGCCCGUCGACGACACGGGGGAUUUUUCUCCUGUUGGGUUCUUCUCGGUCGAGGAAGGAGCCGGAAGGUCGUCGCCGGCAACUCCCAGGGGGAACAACGACGACUCCCAGGGCGAACGACAGUGA